AUGGGCCGCCCGACCAGGGAAAUUGCCGUUCUUUGGGUCGGCGUUGUGGUGUUUGGCGUCAUCUUCCUCUCGGUAGUCCUCAAUGUCCUGUCACAGCUUCUGUUCAAGAAUCCCAAUGAGCCGCCCAUGGUUUUCCAUUGGUUCCCCUUCGUGGGGAGCACAAUCACCUACGGCAUGGAUCCUCCGCGCUUUUUCAAGGCCAACCAAGAAAGAUAUGGCGACGUCUUUACCUUCAUUCUCCUGGGAAAGAAGACCACUGUCUAUGUUGGAACCCAGGGCAACGAGUUCAUUCUGAACGGCAAGCUCAAGGAUGUGUGUGCUGAGGAUAUUUACACCGUCCUGACCACCCCUGUCUUUGGCAAGGACGUGGUAUACGAUUGCCCCAAUGCCAAGCUCAUGGAGCAGAAGAAGUUCAUGAAGGUUGCACUCACCACCGAGGCUUUCCGCUCAUACGUCCCCAUCAUCUCCGACGAGGUCAACCAGUACUUCAAGAAGAACCCUGACUUCAAGGGCCAAUCCGGUGUUGUCAACAUUGCACCGAAGAUGGCGCAGAUCACCAUCUUCACCGCCUCGCACGCGCUCCAGGGCAAGGAUAUUCGAGUUCAGUUUGACGAGACGCUCGCCGACCUCUACCAUGACCUGGACAUGGGCUUCACCCCCAUCAACUUCAUGCUGCAUUGGGCUCCUCUCCCCUGGAACAACAAGCGUGACCAUGCGCAAAGGACUGUGGCUAAGAUCUACAUGGACACCAUCAAGGCGCGUCGCGCCAACGGUCAGAUUGCUGUCGGCCAGGAUAUCAUGUCUCACUUGAUGAACGCCACCUACAAGAACGGCACCAAGGUUCCCGACCACGAGAUCGCCCACAUGAUGAUUGCUCUUUUGAUGGCUGGCCAGCACUCCUCUUCAUCUACGAGUGCCUGGAUCAUGCUACGCCUUGCAUCGCGACCUGAUAUCAUGGAGGAGCUGUACCAGGAGCAAGUUCGGGAACUUGGCUCUGAUCUGCCACCUCUGACUCUGGAAGACCUCGCCAAGUUGCCUCUCAACCAGGCCAUCAUCAAGGAGACGCUUAGACUCCAUGCCCCCAUCCACUCGAUUAUGCGAGCUGUAAAGUCGCCGAUGCCUGUACCCGGUACCAAAUAUGUUAUCCCGACGAGUCACACUCUUCUAGCUGCCCCAGGAGUCAGUGCCUCGGACGACCGCCACUUCCCGAACCCGGAUAUGUGGGAUCCCCACAGAUGGGAGGCGGACUCGCCAAAUGCUCCCAGCAUCGUCCGCAACGUCCAAGUUGAGGAGGAGGAGAAGAUCGAUUACGGUUACGGACUGGUCAGCAAGGGCGCAUCAUCGCCAUACCUGCCUUUCGGUGCCGGCCGCCAUCGAUGCAUUGGCGAGCACUUUGCCAAUGUCCAGCUCCAGACCAUCACUGCCAACAUUGUGCGCAAUUUCAAGUUCAGGAACGUGGACGGCUCCGUUGGCAAGACCAUUGGUACCGAUUACGCCUCACUCUUCUCGCGUCCAUUGGAACCUUGCCCCAUCUACUGGGAAAGACGGGAGAAGGCUUAG